UGCGGGACGCCUCUCUGUGUUCUGCAUCGUUUGUGGUGGACUGUUCUCGCACGUUCGCACUUCGCUCCGCUGACGAGGAACUCUUCUCGAGGUGCAUGACGUAACGAGAUCGUCGUCUGGCGCAGUGUUUCUUAGUGGCCAUUUUGAUCUCAACCGCACGGCUGAUUAAGGUGCGUCCGUGUACGUUCUUCGGUUUGGCCCACCACCAGCAUGAUGGACUCAAAGCGGUACGAACGCAGCGGCAGAUCGAAUACCGAAUCGCCACCCGCUCCGCCCUCGCCUCCCAUGUAUAGCACAGGUUAUACCACGACACACGACAACCACAAGGGCAGAGUCAGUACGCGGCGUUCGCCCUCGCCUGGCAUGGACCAUCAUCGGAGCAGUAGAUCCUCGAGGAACGACUCUCCACUCCAAGAGCGACGUAAGCGCCGUCGCAGUGGCUCCCGAUCAUCCCCGGUGCGCUCCCACAGACGAUCCAGGUCAAAUGACCGAGAUCGAGACCGAGAUCGUGAUAGAGAGCGGUCACGCAAGUACUCCAGAAGAGACAGAUCGCGCUCGAGAUCGCGCGGACGGUCCCGUUCGAGAGACAAGAGACGGAGUCGCAGUCGUAAUCGCAGCAGGGACAGGCACAGGUACAGAGAGAGUCGCAGGCACCACACCAGAGCAACCUCCUAUGAGUCUGAUGCUCUGGAGGAGCAUGGAGAAGGGGGAGCGGGGACGGUGAUGCGUCAAACGGCCGCUGUUGCCCCACAACCAAAUGCUUUCAAGAACGACGGUAGUUUUAUGGAGAUGUUUAAGAAGAUGCAGGAGCAGAUGCAGCCGACUAUGCAAAAGCCCACUACUUCCGUAUUGGAAGAAAAGCCCGUGGUACCGCCACCAUUGAUGGUAGGCAAGAGGAGGGGUGGUAGGAUCCUAAAGACUGGUAUGGUGGCGAAACCAAAGACAGAACAGACAGUGGAGCAGCCGAAGGACGCGUGGUCUCUGUACAUGGCAGAAGUGAAGAAGUAUCGAGAGGUUUGCUGCCAGGAGGAGGAUAACACGCGGCCGUUGGUCAAAUAAUUUCGACAGUUUACGUCGUCCCGUCUUUACAUACUUUGGCUCAUUACUUUUCUUCUAAGACACCUUAGUAAUUGAUCAUUAAUCUCUAAGAAAAAGAACUGCAAAAUAUACACUUCUCAGAAACAUCUUUCGUUCAUUUUGUUUUGCUGUGAGCUUUUAUACUUAUUAAGCUCAACAAUAUAAGAAUUCUUUGUUAACGAUCUGAA